AAAAAGUGAAAGAUAUACAUUACAAAGUAUAUUGUAAAAUAUUAUAUAUAUCAUAGUUUUUGAAGUAAGUAAAACUUGACACACUUAAUAUAUUUAAAGAAAUUAAUAAAUUUUCUAUAUAAUUUUUCGAUAUGAAGUCUUUCAGAUGGAUAUUUAGAAUAAUUCCUUAAAUAAGUUGUAAUUCUGGAAGCAAUAUUUAUCAUUUGAACUACAUGUAUAUAUAUAAAUUUAUCCACGUAUAUGUAUUUGAGAUAUCAAAUCGUUUGUACUACUGAGAAAUAUAUAUAUUUGCAUUAUGCGUGAAUAUUGAAAUGAUAGUACUGAAAUGAUAGUAGCUUCUGUGAAUUGUGAUGGAUGACGCACGCUAGUAUAGAACAUUGUUUUAAUGCGACACGCUUUGUACCUGUAAUGUGUUUUAAUCGUUUAAGUGCUAUUUUAUUAAUCUGAUUUAUGAUAGCGGGUAUUAUAUGAAAUAAUAUGUUUGGAAAGAAAGAGAAUUCAAAACGACAAACAAGGCCUGCUGGCAGUCUUGCACAGUAUGGAAUUUUUGACGUACCAGAGACUUUAGACGACAUAGGUAAUAAUUUUAUGAAUGAUGAUGAUGAUGAUGACUUAGAAGCUGAAUUAGCAGCUUUAACAGCUGGUGAUGACAAUGAAAAAUCUAGAUCUUCUCGUAAACCAGUUCCUAAAGAAAAUUUAGAUGCAAUGGUAGCUGAGAGCAUGAAAGAUAUUAAUCUCGAAGAAGAAAUGUCUGAUGGAGAGGAUGAUCCAGAAUUAUUGAGUGAACUUAAGAUGAUCACAGGUGAGGAAACUUCUGAAUCUGUGUCUCCAGACAAAGAAGGGAAUUUAGUAGCUGAAAGUACAGAACAACCUGAAACGCAAAAUGAUAAUGAAAAUAUAAUUAAAUUGUUAAGAGAAAGAUUACAAUGUUAUGAAAUUGCCGAAAAAAAGGCAAAACAAACAAAUGAAUUAAGUCGAGCAAGAAGAUUUAAUAGGGGUAUUAAAACACUUAAAGAAUUAUUGAGUAAUGCUCAGGCUGGAAAAUCUAUUAAUGAAAGUGAUAUACCACCCGAAUUAUCACCACAUGCUACUGCUGAAACAAUUGCAGUAGUACCAGAACCUAGUAAAACAGAAUCUACAGUAGAAACUAACGCUACAGUUGUGACUAAUACUACUACUUCCACAGAAAAUAAUGCUGCUGAAGAGUCUGUUUCAACAAAAAGUAUAGAUGAAGAAGCAUUAAAAUUAUUAAAAGAUAGACAGCAAGAAUAUAAAGUAGCAGCAAUAGCAUGGAAAAGAGCUGGUAACAUGAAAGAGGCCCUCCAAUAUCUAAAUAUAGCAAAACAUUUUGAUAUAGUUAUCGCAGCAGUAAAUGCAGGAGAAACAGUUGAUUUAUCAGAUAUGCCAACUUCUCCAAAUUUACCUGGAUCAAAUACUGCUACACCAUCAAGUGAGAAGCCAGAAAAGACAGAGAGUGAAACACAGGGAAAAUCCUCCGCAGACGCUACCUCAGCAGAAGUGAAACUACCAAAUUCAGAAAAUUUGGAAACUGCUUUAAAAAAACGUCUUGAGGCAUGUAGAAAGAUAAAAACAACUGCAGAAAAUGAAGGAAACUUGUCUAAAGCUCGUAGAUACGGCCGCAUAUGCAAGCAAUUUGAAGAUGCUAUUAAAUUACAUGCUCGUGGAAAACCUGUUCCUGUUGAUGAAUUACCUACUAUACCUGGUUUCGAGCCCCUUACAGUUCCUCCACAAUCUGUACCAGAUCCACCUGCAGAAAAAAACGAAAGAAACGAAAUACCGUCAGAUUCAAUACUGCCAACUCAAGAAUCCAAGUCGUCUGAAGAUAAACUUUCUUCAGAUUCCAAAACUCCUGUUCCUCCGCCGAGAGUACAAACAGGAAAGAAACAAAAUCAAAAGACGUCGCGUGCAGAAAAACAGCUAGCUCUAUUACAACAUCGUCAGCAUGAAUUAAAACAAGCUGCUCUUAACGCAAAGAAGGAGGGAGAUAUAGAAUUAGCUCGUACUUUUUUAAGACAAGCAAAAGGAAUAGAUCAGUUGAUUGAAGCUAGUAAAGCUGGUUUACCAGUUGAUAUGAAUUCUAUACCAUUAUCUCCACGAGCAAAAACUGAACUCAAUGCGAAUAGUAUAAUAGGUUUAUUGGAUGAUAAUUUUACAGUAAUCAAUACCGAAGAUUGUUCUGAAAAAGUUACUGGAACGGACGAAGAAAUUUAUGAGAAUCUUGAGUCACAAUUAAUGAAACAAAUUAAGUGGUGUUUAUGCACAAGAGAUCAUUGUAAAGCAUUAGGAGAUGUAUCUGGAUAUAAUAAAUGGGAACGUCUUUCAUUGAAUUACAAACGAGAUUUAGAUAUGCUAAUAGUUCGAAAACGUGAUGCACUACCACCGCCACAACAUCAUUAUGAAAUAAGAACUCAUACUAUAGUUCAGAGUUGUACAGAUUUAAGUGAUAGUGACAUAGAAAUUUCAAUAAUUAGGGGAGUGAACUAUUCGAAAGAUGCAGAUACUUAUGUCAUAUUCGAAUUCCCUUAUCCUUCAGAUAGUCCUCCGUCAGAUAGAACAGCUACCAUUAAAGGAGCAUGUAAUCCAGAAUAUGAUGCAGUAUUUUCAUUAAGUGGAAUAGAUCGUUCAUUAAGGCAAUGUCAACGAGCGUUCAAAAGACAUGCAUUAAAAUGUCAAGUUUGGGCUAAAGGUUGAUGGAUGGGAGAAAGCCAACGGGUGGAAAACUCGAGUUAAAAAUACGAUUGAGAAAUCCAAUUCUUACAAAACAGAUAGAAAACAUUACAGAUAAGUGGCUUAUUAUUGAUUAUUGAUAUAAUAUGGAAUUGGAAUUUUAAUAUGAAUUUGGAAUUUUACUUUGCUAAUGAUUGCACCGUUGAGGCCUUGGAAACGUAACAUACUAAUUAUGAUGUGAUAGAAAUCUGAUUAUGAUGUGUAUUUUGCUUUAUUAAUAGCUUUAAUCAAGUCGAUACGAAUAUACAUAUUAACAAAAGAAUUUAUAUAACAUAAUAUGAAUGUUCAGCCAUCAUAGAAAUAUACAAGUUUCUGCAUUUAUGGAAGCACAAUUCAAUAUAUAUGUAAAUAUUGGAGUAUGCAGAAAACAUAAACAUCGUGUAUGAUUAGGUUGAUAAUUAUUUUUUAAAUUGAAAUAUAUUUAAAAAAACCGAUAUAUUCUUCCCCUUUGUUUCUAUAUUUUAGUAUGGUUAGUUGUAGUAGGGUACAGGUUGUAGUGCAAAAUAAAUUUAAAUGAAUUUCCACGAACAAUUUUAAAAAUAUAAUUUUCUAAUCGUUCAUUCUUUAAAUAAAGAAACUGAAAAUUAUAUUUUAAAUACGUAAGUUGCUCUUUAGAAAGAGUAUGUGAUUAUUAAUAUAUACAAGCUUAUUAUAUCGUGGAGCUAUUAAUUUUAAAUUAAUUUAGAAUUCAAAUAUAAUUAAAAGGGAAUGUAAUUAAACGAUUAAAUCUUUAAGUAUAUAACUAUAUUUAAUUAGCAUGCACGUAAGGGACUAUUGGUUGUACAUACCGAACAAUUUAAACGUGGAGAAGGAACGAUUGCGGACUGAAGCUGAAUCCACAUUUCCAGAGAACAAUACAGCAGGUGAACCCCACUAACAAACUAUUGUCUGAUAAUCGUUCAACUCAGUCUCCUUCCAGUUCGUCACCCUACUGUUUCUCGUCCACGUGAUUCUAACCACCACAAAUCCUUGUAAAUUAUACAUUUAUGAAAUAUUUAUUCAUCGUAAUAUAACACGAUACAAACAAAAUAAUCGAUCUAAUAAAAUAAGCAUACAGCUUUAAUAGCGGAGUUAUAUUUUACAAAUAACGUUAUUCCGUUAUAUUUUUAAAUGUUAUGAUUUUAAUGCAGUUAUUGAUGCAAUACGCAUACAUCUGAUCCGGAG